UAUAUAUAGGUUGAAUUCACUGGCUCCUACUUGAUAUUCUUUUCUUCUUUUGUUAUUUUUGUAUAAAGUUUUUCGUUAUGUUAGCUUAAUUUGGCAAAAAAAUAAAACAGUGGUGCUUAGCUCUUUAUCAUUUCUUUCUCUUAUCUUCAAUCCCAUUUUUGGUUACUUCUUUGUUCUUAAACUUGCUUAUGACUUGUAUUUUCCUCGAUUUGAGCUAAGAACUUUAUUCUUUUUUGGGUUUGAUUUUGUUUUGAGUAUUUUAGAAUGACGAGAAAGAGAAUUCAGAUCAAGAAAAUCGACAACGUUGCGGCGAGGCAAGUGACUUUCUCAAAGAGGAGAAGAGGGCUUUUCAAGAAAGCUCAUGAACUCUCCGUUCUUUGUGAUGCUGAGAUUGCUCUUAUAGUCUUUUCAACAACUGGAAAACUCUUCGACUAUUCCAGCGCAAGUAUGGAGAAGGUGAUUGAAAGACGCAAUCAACAGUCAGGAAAAGGCAUCGACAGAGCGGUCACCAGUCCAUAUCAUGGACUGCAGGUUGGGAGUCGCACGUGUGUCAUGUUGAGAAAGGAAAUGGCUGAAAAGACCCACCAACUGAGACAGCUGAAGGGAGAGGAGCUCCAAGGGUUAGGUUAUGAAGGAUUAAAUCACCUGGAAAAACUAGUUGAAGGAGGCUUGAGACGAGUUACUGAAACAAAGGAUGAGAGAUUUUUCAAAGAAAUCAGCACCCUCAAGAUGAAGGGAGCAGAACUGGUGGAAGAAAAUCAGCAAUUGAAACAGCAAAUGGAGAAUUUACCUCAUAUGGUCCACGUCCAACCAUCAGAGUCGAUUGCUCAUGCUGGGAGCUCUGAAAAUCCAAUUCAACCCUAUGAUAAUAGCCAAGACAUUUCUCUCACAUUGGGGUUAGCCUUCCCUAACUCACUGUUGAAAGGUUAAAAGGGGGUGAUGUUGCGAAGAAGUCAUCGUCAUCUUGCUUAAAUCUGAGCUGGCUCCUAUAUUGGAUAAUGUUCAUAGUAGUAAUAAUAAUAAUGAUGAUGUGUAGAUUGUCAAGUAAACCAGUUUUAUGGUACCUUUGAUAAUUAUAUAUAGAGUCUAAUAUCAAAAUUACCCGUACAAAAAAAGAAUGUGAAGGUUAAAGCAAUUAUGCACAUGCACUCGAGCAUGGUGAAUAAAUUAACUUGUUUACUUUGGAGGGUUUAGUGCCAUCUUUAUUCAUUAUUUGUUUUGUGCUUGUCUAAA